AUCCUGGGUGUGGAGAGAACAGCAUCUCAGCAGGAAAUAAAGAAAGCAUACUAUAAGUUGGCCUUGCGUCUUCAUCCAGAUAAGAAUCCUGGAGAUGAGGAAGCUAAGGAAAAGUUUCAGCUCUUGCAGAAGGUGAUAUCUAUUCUUGGGGAUGAAGAGAAAAGGGCAUUAUAUGAUCAGACUGGUUAUGCUGAUGAUGAUGCCCUGGUUGGCCAAGCUGUCGAAAAUCUGCAAGAGUUUUUCAGAUCAAUGUAUAAAAAGGUGACAGAGGCUGAUAUUGAAGAAUUUGAAGCUAAUUACAGAGGGUCAGAUUCAGAGAAAAAAGAUUUAAAGGAUUUGUAUGUAAAAUUUAAGGGCAAAAUGAACAG